AUGGCUAACAUUUUCUCUGUAGACCCACUCAGGAGAUUCUUGGGGAGAGGUCCAAUCUUCCAAGAAUUGGUUUGGUUUGGUAAAGAAGAUAUAAAAGUUCAGAUUGAAGAUGGGAACAUUAUGCAGAUUAAGGGAGAAGGUAAAAAGAAAGAGGAUUCCACUACAGAAGCUUACAAAGAUGCUAUUUAUCAUGUGGCAGAAAGAGGUCUGAUGACAACAAUGAAAGGAGCAGAUUUUUCUAGGACAAUUGAGUUGCCUGAGGAUGUUAAGCUUGAUCAGAUAAAGGCUGCAGUUGAGAAUGGAGUUCUUACAAUUGUUGUGCCUAAAGAUCUAAAUCCCAAAUCAUCAUCUUCUAAAGUUAAGAACAUAAACAUCUCUAGCAAACUCUGAAAAUGUAUGACUAGUGUACACUCUAGAGUCUGGAGACUGAAGAGUUGUAAUCAGUAAAGCUUGAACGAUAAAGAUCAUUUUUCUUUUGAUUUUUUUUUAAUUUUGUUUCUACUAUUGAUGAGUACAUGGGGUUUAGCUGCCUGCCCUCCAGCAUUUUGCAGCUGUACUAGG